ACGCAUGGGCAACGUACACAAUGUGCGUUAAUACUAAUCCAAUGCAAUUUCCCAUUUCCUCAAAAGUAUCUCUGGACAUUCAGCCUAGUUUCACGCUAUCCUCGAGUUGGGACAUCCCUGCCCCCAUUGAAGUUUUGAUUUAAUUUGGUUAAGGUAAGGGUUUAGAGGUAGAGGCGUCCCAGGAAUAGUACGAACUAUUCAGCCAAUGGGAACGCGAAAUUAAAAUGAGGAAAGCUACGUUCAAGAGUGUCUGAAAUCAAGAAAUGUUCAUCAACACCCGCGCUUCUUACAAGUAUUUCUGAUGUAACUUGAGUAAUUUCACACAGGUGAUGGCCUUGCGUGCGUGUGGAUUCAUUGUGUUUCGUCGGCUGGCACAGUCUUCACCUCCCCCUGACAACAUUGAGUACCUCCUCCUACAGACUUCAUAUGGCAAGCACCACUGGACCCCACCCAAAGGCCACGUAGACCCUGGGGAAGAUGAUCUCACCACCGCUCUGAGGGAGACGCAGGAGGAAGCAGGGCUGGGGGAGGAGCAUCUGCAGGUGGUGGAUGGCUUUCUCCAGGAGCUGCACUACGAGGUGAGAGGGCGGCCCAAGACGGUUCUGUACUGGCUCGCGGAGCUGAGGGACCCCAAGAUGGCCGUCACGUUGUCGAAGGAGCACCAGGACUACCGCUGGGCCAAGCUGGAGGAGGCCUGCUCCCUGGCCCAGCAUAAAGACCUACAGGACACCCUGAGGGCAGCACAGCAACACCUAGACACAGAGCAAGGGAAACAUUAAGACACUACUACACACAAUGCUGUGCUAGGAAUUGUGAAGAGCAAGCUGCAAAAGCAAGUCUCUAGCUUUAAAAAAAAGUGUUUGUAACCUCAUCCCCAGGCUAUUGGGCACAGAUGCGCGAGACUAGUGUCUGUGGGACUGCACAGCCUUGAUAAUUAAUGGAACAGAAAGUGUGAAUCUAAAGUGAGUUAUAAUUCCUAAUUCUAUGGUGGUAAUUUGGUCUGAGCAAGUCAUUGAACCCCUGUGUCACAUACUUAUACCCCCAAGGAACUGCCACCAAACUAAGGGUCAGAAAAGGAUAAUCUCUGUACUUGGGAACCAGUGGCCAAAUCAUUCAAUAGACACUUAAGUGUUUUAUGUGUUAACAUUGUGUGAUGACCAAUAACCUUUUUUGUCUUGCACUUUAAACAAGAUUAAAAACCACCCAUUAAAUAUGGACCUUUCAAUAUGCAACUUCA